UGCCCUUAGCCCCAACUUGUAAACAUCAUCUCCUAAAUCAUCAAAUCUACUAUCAAAAGCAGAAAAAACAGAGUUAAAUUUUAGAAGAAAUUGAAUCAAAAUGAGUCUAAGCAAGAGAGCGUGGAUAGUAGCAGCCAGUGUUGGAGCAGUGGAGGCCUUAAAAGAUCAAGUUGGAUUGUGUAGAUGGAAUUACCCAUUGAAGUCUUUGGCACAACACACAAAGAAUAACAUAAGAUCUUACUCUCAAGCUAAGAAACUUUCUUCCUCAAUAAUUGCGAAGAACGAAAAGGCAGAGCAAUCUGAAGAAUCUUUAAGAAAAGUUAUGUAUUUGAGCUGUUGGGGUCCAAAUUGAUUGUACUUAAAUAGGACUACUGUGUAUUUUGAAAAUUAUAUGAGAAAACUCCAAUACGGUGUUGAUAUAUUUACAUAACUUUUUGUCAGCUAUUCCAA